AUGCAUGGCAAUGUACAAAGCAUAAGGAAUAAGACUGAUGAGCUACGCGCUUGUACCCAAUACCUCUCAGAGUACCGACAAUCCUGCUUGAUCUGUCUAUCUGAGACCUGGCUUACGGAACAGGAUCCCGACUCCGUUGUGGAGCUGCAUGGCUACACAAUUGUUCUAAUGGACCAAAACAGCAACUCUGGUAAGAGAAAUGGUGGUGGAGUUGGUGCAUUCAUCAACGAGAAAUAUUGCAAUCCUGCCCAUAUUACAACUAAGCACAAGGUCUGUACUAAAGACAUUGAACUCCUUGCUCUUAAGCUAUGGCCAUACUACCUGCAAUGGGAAAUAAAUCAGGUCAGAUUAUUUAUUGUUUGCAUAGCCCCCUCCGCUGACACCCAAAUAGCUGCCGACUUAAUUCAUGACCUUGUAUCCCAGGCUGAGACAGUCACCUGAAGCAGUAAAGCGAAACAUUUACCAUCAUAUCAGCAAUAUGUUACAUGUCCUACCCGAAAUUAUGCCUGUCUGGGCCUCUGUUAUGGUAACAUCCCAGGUGCGUAUUUUUCAAAGGCACUACCCAAUCUUGGGGGUUCGGAUCAUAACAUGGUUCAGCUCAUCCCAGUCUACAAAGCGCGUCUGCAGCGAGAGAAGGCUAGAAAGGUGGAGAUGAAAAGCUGGACUCCUGAAGUGACUGAAGCCCUCCAGGACUGUUUUGAGUCCACUGACUGGGCGGCCCUGAUGGACAGCGCCGAUGACCUGGAAGAGGCAGCGGAUACCGUCUCUGAGCACAUCUGUUUCUGUGAGGAUCUCGUUAUUCCCUAAAUGAAAGUCAACAUCUUCCCCAAUAAUAAACCGUGGGUAGCUCGGGAAUUAAAAGAGCUCCUCAACUGUGUUUAAAUCAGGUGUCAGUAAAGAUGAAAGGAAAAAUAUUCAGAGGCAACUCAAAAGCAACAUUAAGGAGUGCAAGGUAGCAUACAAAGACAAAUUAGAAAACCUUUUCAAGGACAGUAGGAAAGCCUGGCAAGGGCUACAAACCAUCACAGGCUACAAACCAGAGACAUUUUAUGACCGUCAAAUGACCUUGCUUUUGCAAAUUAUUUGAACAGUUUCUAUUGUAGGUUUGACGUGUGAUUUUUACAUCGCUGCAGAAAGUGGCCUUGGACAGUAUAGACUGCAUACCAGCUGUUGAUAUACAGAUCUCUGUGAAUGACGUCAAGCAGUACUUUCAACGUGUCAACCCACGAAAAUCAUAUGGUCCAGACGGCGUCAGCAGCAAGGCACUUCAGGCAUGCGCAGACCAGCUCGCAUUACCGUUCCAGAAGCUGUUCCAGCCGUCACUGAACAGUGGGAUAAUUCCAGACUUAUGGAUGUCACUGAUUGUCCCAAUACCUAAAAACAACAGGCCAAAAGAAAAUAACGAUUUACGCCAUGUAGCCCUGACAUCUGUACCUAAUGAAAUGUUUUUAAAAAAUAUUUCAAAAACAAAUUCUCUCAUCCCAAUUAGACUCAAACCAAUUCGCCUACCGUGCCUCCAGGGGUGUUGAUGAUGUGUUACUGGUCAUGCUGAACAAUAUCUAAGAACAUUUAGAAAAAGCAAAUCGUCUAGUGGAAAUUGUAUUCAUUGACUUCAGUAGCGCAUUUAACACCAUCCAACCCCACCUACUGGUGGAUAAGCUGGUGAGUUUGGGUGUCAACUCUCUAAUGAUCAAGUGGAUUAAUAGUUUCCUUGUGAACCGUACUCAACAAGUUAAGUUUAACUCCGCCAUCUCUACAUCUAGAACGGUGAAUACGGGAGCCCCUCAAGGUUGCGUACUUUCACCGAUACUGUACACAAACAAUUGUGAAGCCUCUGACACGGCCCACAAAUUGUUUGAAUAUGCAGAUGACACCGCUGUUGUGGGUUUCCUCCAUCCAGACCAAGCCUCUCUUAAAGGUUUUGACAGAGAAACGGCAAAAUUCGUACAGUGGUGUGCAGAUAACUUUAUUGAAAUAAACUUUAAGAAAACGAAAGAGAUGGAAAUUGAUUUUAGAAGGAACAAAGCUCCACUACCCCCUACGAAGAUCAAUAUGGAAUCAGUCGAUAGGUUGACCACAUACAAGUACCUGGGAAUUGAAAUAGACAAACUGAAAUUCAAUGACUGUGCCUUUGCAAAGAUAAAGAAAUUGCAACAGGGAAUGUUUUUUGUUUUUAACACAAACUGAACCAUUUUAAUGUUGACCGCCAUAUCUUACAAGUGUUCUAUAAAUCUGUCCUGCAGAGUGUGCUGUCCUUUGGUCUGAUAUGCAAUGUUCGGAAACAUGCAAGACCAAGUCAAGCUUCAAGACGGCGGGAAGGAUAAUUGGUAUAGAUCAAGAAUCCGCCACAAACCUGUACACAACUCAUCCUCCUAAAACUUGAAAGCAUUUUACAGGACAGUACUCAUCCCCUUUCAGUCACAGAAUCAGCCGGACAAGGGGAAAGAGACUUCAAAUUAAAACAAAUAUGGGGACUCUUUUAUUCCAACAGCCAUUAGGCUGUAUAAUAGAUAGUCUGUUGGUCCCUCGAGUAUACAGCAUAUUGCACUUUCACUUUAAAUGUGUAGCUGUAGCACUUCGAAUUAAUUGUUUUGUGUAGUUUCGGUGUUUUCAUGUUUUAUGUACUGUCUUUUUAUGCACAUUACCAAAUUAAUUUCCCCCUGGUGGGAUAAUAAAGUUAAUCUGAAUCUAGGUAAGUAUUUUCCGCCAAAACUGCAAGUGUCCUUCUAAAGCAUAUAAAGCAUGUCUGGAUUUGAUUAGUGCUUUUAUCAGCGUGAAAAUUCAAGCAUGAUGCUACCUGAGCCUGAUGAGCUAUACAUUAAAUACAUUUUAUGAGCCCAAGCCCAAAAAAUCCCAAAUGAUGAUCCAAUACAUAGCAUAGCCUAUGAUAUAUAGGCUACCCCACAUUACACACGGCAGAAAAACAUAAAAGGCCAUAGAUGUAGCUAUGCUCUCUUGUGUAAAUAAAUUAAACAAGCUCCAGUAGGCUAAUCUUUCUGAGUGUGGACUUUGUUACUGUAUGGGCAUUCCACUCUUAUAUUACCAGGGUUCAAUACUGCGACCAAAACAGUCACAUUUGCGACCGUUUGAGUUGGCAGUACAACAUAUUUUUUAUUGGUCGCAAGGGUGCCAGUGAAGAAAUGUACCUGGUCACAUUAGAUUUUGGUUCACAAUUUUUCUUUAUAAUUUUUUUUAUUAUGAUUUAUUCAUUGUGCAAUUGACCAGAAAUAAACUACCUUUCUGAAGAGGCAACAAUGGCACGGGACUGCCCCUGGCUGUGUGUGUAGAGCCUACACUGUAAAACUUGGGUAUAAAAUUUAUUUAAUUGUUAUUUUUUUGUCACCGAUCUACACUGUCAAAGUGGAAGAAAUAUUCUAACAUUUGUAAAACAUUUAUGAAAAAUGAAACACUAAUAUACAGUGGGGAGAACAAGUAUUUGUACAGUGCCGAUUUUGCAGGUUUUCCUACUUACAAAGCAUGUAGCGGUCUGUCAUUUUUAUCAUAGGUACACUUCAACUGUGAGAGACGGAAUCUAAAACAAAAAUCCAGAAAAUCACAUUGUAUGAUUUUUAAGUAAUUAAUUUGCAUUUUAUUGCUCUUGGCAGUUGUUCACAUUGGCAGUUUGAAGUGACACAAAUCCUAUUGAUUUGCAUAUCCGAUUCGAAUGUUCUUUUUCCUGCAGUCUGAACAGCCACAUUUGAAAACACCUUCCUAGGUGGUUUGAAGUCAGAUACAAAUCUGAUCCCUGUCCAUGUGACUUGUCUGAAUGGUCAAAUCUGAUUUAUUUGCCCUCAAGUGGUUUUUAGACUGUUAUUCUGCAUUUCUUGUUGCUUGCUAGUAGCUACUCUGUUGACAGUUUGACAUGAACAUGUGGUAGAUAACUAGCUUGUUAAUUGUUUACAAACAAAUUAGUGAAUGUGCUAGAACGCUAAACGGCUACCCAGCUAGCUAGUUCACUGCUGUGGCUAGCCAAAAAGGACUCAUUUUGAAAGUGGGAUCAUCUUAUCCUGUGAGGCUUUUAAAGUGUUUUUAACAUGUGAUUUUGAACAUUAAAAGCAACUGGGAAACAUCCAUGGCAGGCAUUUUCACCUUAGCUUGCUACAUAACUUCUGAGUGAUAGGAAGCACGAGCACCACCACCAAUCAGCCUACACCACUGUACACAUACCUGUCGUUACUAUGACAACUACUUCAUCCCCUUUGGUCACUUGCAACUUGCUAUUUGGACAGUCCGUAGUCCAAAACGGAUUUAAAAAACAAAACUGAUUUGAGCAUUAAGGUCUGCAGUGUGAACAAGGCUUUAGAAACGGACCCAGAAAGACUCACACCUGUAAUCACUGCCAAGCAGCAUUAUAAGGCUGCGUUGAGACAAUUACUUAUCAAUGACCCAAGCCCAGCUCAGUUAAUCCCUACCAUUUGACGCUGAGUUGUCAUAAUGCUUCAGCAAAUGUACAUUAUACCAGAGGCGUUGUUAGACACAAUGUAAAUAACCUAAUUUAUGUCCCUCUAACUGCCCUGAAUGCUUCUGCUGAUCCUACAGCUAUUGUAUGCAGUAAUCAUGUGCAUCUGAACCAUACUUAUACUGUUCGCACUGAGGCGGUGUUUCCCUAGUAGAAAGUCCACUGUGUGCAGCUCACCCUGCACUAACAUAAAUAACAUGAGCAUAUCUGCUUCUGAUAAGCUUCCCAGUAAAGCAAUGAAAACAAGUAAGCAUCCCGGAAGAAAAGUGCUCAAAAAUAGCCUGUGUUAACAAGGUUCAUGAAAUCAAUAAUUUGCUAGUAACAGAUGACAUUCAUAUUCUGACAAUCUCUGAAACUCUCUUAUAUAAUACAUUUUAUGAUACAGUGGUAGCAACACAAGGUUAUAACAUUUGCAGAAAAGACAGAAAUGCAAAUGGUGUAGGUGUUGUUGUUUAUAUACAGAACCACAUUGCUGUAAAGCUUAGACAGGAUCUCAUGUUAAAUACUGUUGAAGUAAUAUGGCGAUCUGUGGCAUUGUGUUGUGUGACACAACUGCACAUUUUAGUGGCCUUUUAUUGUCCCCAGCACAAGGUGCACCCGUGUAAUGAUCAUGCUGUUAAAUCAGCUUCUUGAUAUGCCACACCUGUCAGAUGGAUGGAUUAUCUUGGCAAAGUAGAAAUGCUCACUAAGAGGGAUGUAAACAAAUUUGUGCACCAAAUCUGAGAGAAAUAAGCUUUUUGUGCGUAUGGAAAAUUUGUAGGAUCUUUUAUUUGAGCUCAUGAAACAUGUGACCAACACUUUUUACAUGUUGUGUUUAUAUUUUUGUUCAGUGUAGUUACUUAAAUUACAGCCUCGGCCCCAUGCCAAGUAAGAGUAGAGUUGUCAGUUGUGAUAACAGAGCUAACUUCCGUAUUAGAAUAGAAUGUGGGCAGCAACCAAUGACAGCGACCCUUAUUAGAAUAGGGAUUACAGCCAAUGACAGUGCUCAAUACUAGAAUGUGGGUAACACCCAGAUAUGUGGUUGCUGAACCAACUGUCUGCAGAGAGGCAUGGGUUUCAUCAAACCAAGAUACUGUAGAUACAUAACCACAUAUUUUGCCGUGAAAUAGUUUCUUCUCAAUCCAGACUAUUUUGGUCUAUUUUUAUUCAAUGCCUUGGUCUCUUUGCCCUAAAACUGGUUUUGCAAUUAAGGUUAUAUUAAAAUAUUACACAAUUCACUUUCUCUGAACUAUGCAUAGUGUACUGUACAACCAUUUCAUGAAGUAGCUGUUUGGUAGAUUUUAUCUAUUGUAUUUAACCCUUAAUCAAUGUUGGUCAGUUAAGAAUAAUUUCUCAUUUGCAGAAAUAAUGAGCUGGCCAAGAUAUCAUCAAUAUUCUCAUGAAUCUACUUAGGCUACAGAUAGCAUCUUAAUCAGGAUUAUGUGGCUCUUGCUCGUGUUCACUGUCUACAUUCAUUUAAUUCACAUUCAGUACAACACAAUAGAUAACCCCUGAGGGGAUAAAUACAAAAGUUGUAUUGAAUUGAAGAUUUUCAUAAUGAACUUAAGUAGGCUGUAGUAAGCAAAAUAAACGAUAACCUACUGCGGUUUAUUUUCUUUUAAAUGGUUGAAUGUAAUUUAUAAAAAGCUAAACUCUUGGGGAUAUAAAUUGCAGAGCCUAACUGAUCAUUAAUGUGUAGAAAGUUUAAUUUUUUUCCCCAGGAGGUAAAAAAUAACAUGGCAUGAAUAAUGUGCUCACUCAGAUUAUUCCUCAAAAGUGAUUUGGUUGCUGAAUCUUCGUUAAUGAAGUCCAUAGAAAUGAGAUGGACAACACACCAAAAAAUGUGCAGACCAAUAAACGUCUUGACAGAAUAUUUUUGAUGUGCCAUACUAUUCCCGCCUGAAUCCCAUAUCCCAUCUAAUCGGUUUGUCUCCUCCCCUCCCCUCUCCUGCUCCCCUGAAGUCUCCCCGGGAAUCUGCAACAGUAAGGACAUCCGGAACAACGUGACCAACCUGCGCUCCCUGGAGAACUGCACGGUCAUCGAGGGCCACCUGAAAAUCAUCCUCAUGUUCAAGACCAAGCCCGAGGACUUCAGGGGCCUCAGUUACCCCAAACUGACCGUGGUCACAGACUUCCUCCUCCUGUUCAGGGUCUACGGAAUGGAGAGCCUCAAAGACCUCUUCCCUAAUCUCACUGUGAUCCGAGGUAACAACCUGUUCUUCAACUACGCUCUGGUCUUCUUUGAAAUGCUGCAGCUCAGGGAUAUCGGCCUCCAAAGCCUGAUGAAUAUCACUAGAGGAGCGGUUAGAAUCGAGAAGAACCCGGACCUCUGCUACCUCUCCACGCUGGACUGGUCCAAGAUCCUGGACACGGUGGAGGACAACUACAUCGUAGCCAAUAAGAAUGACCGGGAGUGCGGAGACGUGUGUCCAGGGGCGGCCAAGGGGAAGACCACCUGUCAGCAGACCACCAUCAACGGCCUCUUCAGCGAACGCUGCUGGACGCACAAGCACUGCCAGAGAAGUAAGUCACUGGGUUCUUAUUUAAUUUAUCCUGUAUUUAACCAGGACGUCCCAUUGAUGUCAGAAGACCUCUUUUACAAGGGAGACCUGACAGUCUUUGGUGCAUGAUGGAGGGAGUGUUUGUAUUUAAAUGCAUGUAAAAUCACACACUAG